AUGGAUGUGGAAAUGAAGGAUGCGAGUCCCAGCCGGUCGUCUGAGACUGUUACGGCAGACAGGGACUUGGUGAAGACAGUGCGAUCCCUCGACCAGACCGGCCCCGGAGCCAACGGCGAAAACCUCGAUCGAGUAUGGAAACAACUCACGUCUACCGGCCAGAGCCAGUUCUCUGCUGCUGAGGAGAGUGUUUUGCGAUGGCUCCUCAAGACAAUGAAGGCGACCAAUGACGAAGCCGAAACCGUUCGACGAUUCCCCUUGACAUGGCGACUUCUGGGUUGCUCGUUUCAAAGAGUACCGCUUUUCUCUCUCGCCAAAUCUCUCGCCGAUCGAAAGUUUAUGGCUGUUCUUCAGCAAACCUUAAAGGGCGUCGCGAAGCCCGACACCGAGACCGAAAAAUCAGACUCUUCCAAGUCGAAGAAAAGGAAGAGAACGAGCGUCGCCAAUUUCAAACUGCAGAGCCUUAGAUCCGCUGAAGGCUGCCUGUCGACUGGUGAAGCCAUCUUUGGGGCGUUAAAGGUUUUGCUUGCACGAUUGGAUCCGGCAGCGCAGUGGUCCGCGCACGACAGGAUGGGAGCGGAACACAUCAAGGCUUUGUUCGCACAGCCUGCUGCCGAAGCCGUCGAGUACCUCGCACCUCUGCUGUCUCUUUGCGACUCGGCUCUGGCGACCUCUGAAACGGAGACAUUCGAAGCUCAGGAGUCUUGGGCCAGAAUCUUCUCCGCUACAUGGGAUCUCCAUCUUCAGGGUAGUGCCGACGCUCUCGAAGUAGCCACGCACUUCUCGCGGACUUCCUGUUCGAUUCUAGGAAAACUUAAAGACGCGACCGCUGUCAACGACCAGGUCGCGAAAUUAUGGAAGCGCGACCUCGAGAAGUUCCUGCAGCGCAAUCUCGUCCUCCCUGCUAGAUCGGCAUACUUUAAUAAGAGUGACCUUGAGACCAUCACUCGAUCAUUCAGCAUGGUGCAGAGUAUUGCCUCUGUUUCAGUGCCAAUUCUUUACGGCUUGGUUUCGUCUGCCCCACAGGUUGUGGGAGGACUUACAACUACAAAGGCCAACGAGGCAUGGUUGCAAGAAGCGUUUAAGCUCUCCGAACGCGCAAACAGACAACUGUCUAGUACCGAAAAGUCGCGUGUCAUGUGUGCCAUACUUGAGGAGGCCAUCGCCAACAAGAGUCCCAUUUCUCUCGAAGAUUUGCGCCUGGUGUGCAGUAACUAUGCUCUCGUUGGCAGCGCUAGCGAAACCGAUUGGCGCCUACUUUCGCUCGUCGCCAAAUGCGAUGCAGAUGUUUUCCAGCAAGCCGAGGAGGGCCAGGAACUGUUCGACCAAGUUUGCGACAGAAUCACUGCAGCUGGCGGCGAUGCCAACGAGGAGACUAUGAGCGAGCUGAUUGCAUCGUUAAUAACCGGGUUUGAGAAUGUUCGCGAUCUGUCGACUUUCCUGAAGAAGUGGUUUGGCCAGCUGUCAAAGUUUGAAGAUAAGGCCUUGCGUUCCGGCGAUCGGCCAGUAUGGUUCACCAGGGUACACCGCAACGCGACACUCAUCGGUGGCAUCGAGAAGUCGUUGACCUCCAAGCAACUGGUCAACCUGCUGGAAUGGAUCGAAAGUGAGGAAACGCUGCGCCCGGCUGCGAUGUUCAUCUUCCUCAACACCAUCGCCACUGCAGUUACCAAGGAUGAAUACGCUGAUGCGGUCGGCACCCGCUUGUCCGACCUAACUCUGAAAGCGUGGUCCUCUGGCAAAAUCCCUGCUGACAUUCGCUCUCUACGAUGGAGGAUUAUCUCGAAGACUGUCUCGUGGUUGGAUUAUGAGGGAUCUAUCAAGCUUUGGGAAAGCGUACGUUCCGAUCUCACGAAGGCACUGCAGAAAGCCAAGUUCGACGACGAGGACACCAGUGAGGCGCUGGAGUGCGCUUACCAAUUCUGGCUGUCCAUGCAUCCAGAUGGCCGUGACCAGGCCGAUCUUGUUUCUCUGCUUACGACUUUUGUGGAGAGGUUGCUGAAGAAGGUGAAGUUGGACGAUGUGAAGAGUCUGCUAGAGUCAUCGACCUCUUCAGAGACUGCAGACGUGCCUAAGUUCUGCGCAGAGUACCCGUUGACUGCCUCGAGGCUCGUCUCUCUUCUGUCGAAAUCGGCUACCUCUUUACCAGACUACCUGCAACAAGUGCUCGGUGGCAAAAGCGAUAGCGAGAUGCGUAUGGCAAGCGCUCUUCACGCCAUCUUCUCUAACGAGAACAACCUUCGGGACCGAAAGCUGACAGCUGGCGUCGUUGACUACACUAUUGAAACGAUCGUCCAGUCCUGCAAAAAGUCCAAUCCUUGGACUGACAAGCGAAGCAGGACUGCUUUGGUUGAGCUUUCAAGAGUGCCCGAUGAAGCCUUUACAAGACAGCAAAGGGAGCGCAUCAUGGAAACUCUGAUACCAAAGAUCGAAGCCGCGAAGUCUAUCAGCCCGUCGGAUUGGAACUUGGUUCUAGGCCUCCUCGGCAAGAUCAUGAAAAAGCCGACAUUUUACCAGAACAUGGCACUGUCCGACCUCCAUAAGAUCGCGGCGCUCUUGACAACAGCCUGCAGCAACAGCGAUUCGAGAGCCGCCCUAGGGCUGUCGCAGCUUCUUGAGUACGUGUCGACGGCCACUGUUCGACAAAUCAACGACCACCAGGAGUACCGUACGCAGUACUUUGACAAGGUCUCUAGUCUUCUGGAAGAGGUCACCAACGAUGGAUCCUUCGUGCACAUGACUUUAGUCAAUGCACUUCUCUCUGUCGCAACACCUGAUACAAGCGCGAAGGAAAAGUCUGCUGUCUUUGACGUAAAUGGGACUGCCUCUACACUGGGACAUAUGGUUCAAGAAGCCCUGAGUGACUUUGCGAAGGCAUGGCGAAAGCAGAAGUUCGAUAGGGCUUCGGUCAAUCGAGUUCUGAUUGCGCUCAACGCGGCUGAAGCCCUGCCAGACUCUGUUGUCGGAGAGAUGAAGGUCAAAGUGUCCCAGUUGGAAGAAGCAAGCCAGCAGGCCAUCACUAAUGGUUAUUUGAGCGGUUGGAAGCUGCGGUCAUUCCUGAUCAAGCGUUUCCCGUCACAGCUCGCGGACUCUCGGCCCAAAUCAUUCAACCAGCUCUUCACAAGCGCCGUGGCUGUCCCUCUCCCCAGUGGGCCUGCACCGGAUCCCCUGGCCGACUUCAACCGUCAAUCUGUUCUAGAAGACUGCGUUGACGCUGUGAUUGCUGGUAUGGAUCACGACAGCAAGGUUGCGUACGUCCAAAGCCUUCUCGAGGGCGUUCAAGAGGACUCCGCUGCUGAGACUGGUGUCUCUACUGAGGGACAACUGCUGGCGAUCCGCCGCGUCAUCGCCCAAAUGACGGAAGCACCGACAGGCUUGGAGAAGUCCAAAACUUUCGACCUUGCAACAGCACACGGCACACUGAUCAGAUACCUCACCAAAACAAAAUCUGUUCGGGAAUUCGUCAGAACUGCCGAAGUCCUCCAACAACUCCUGGACGUUAAGUCCAAUUCCAUGACUCAGUGGAACAUCGAGACCACCCUUAGCACAGCUGCCGUCAUCGUGGCAACCGACCCCGCCAACCUCCUCGACGCUUCCUCAAGCAUUUACCAGUGGCUCUGCAAACUGAUCGAGGUCAUCAUCAAGAAACAUCGCCUUCGCCUCGAGGGCCACUACCACAUCCUCGUGGCAACCCUCGAGGCCCUCCUCGGUGCACUGGCACGGCAGCAAUUGUCAACAUCGACACGGGCUAAGCACGCCGCGCACUUCACCCGACUUGUGACCCUCGUCUGCGAGCCCGCUGCCGCGGCCGUCUCGCGCGUUCAGCACCUCAGCGCCCUUGACUCUGCCACCGACGCGGCCAAGAGGUCUGCCGGCAGGCACAUGUAUCUGGUUCUUAUGGCGUAUGUCAAGAUGCAGCUCGAUGUCGAUGUGCCGCGUGACGUGCGCGAGGCACUGGAGCCGGGUAUGAACUCCGUGUUUGAUAUCACGCCGCCUGAGGUGAGGAAGAUUCUGAACGAUAGCAUGGAUGCUAGUGGGAGGGCUAUUUUGAGGGAGAUGUACAGGAGAUACACCAAGUUUGGAAAGUGGACCGGUGUGUAA